AUGCAGCUCGAGCCCUUGCUCGAAAGGAUGGACGGACUAUCGGAUGCGAUAUCGUUCUGGGACAGCUAUAUCGAAUCCGUUUUGCCCAUCAGCAGCUACCGCUACCUACAUCCUUCAGAUUGUGACCACCUUUACAAUAUUCAUGCGAGCGCUGGGAAUGUACUGUCAGCGAUCCUGGUGGCGACGACGGACUGUGAACUCGACAAGUUCAACCGGCUCGUACUGCUCGCCUGUGGCGUCGUGCACUACGUCCUCGAGGAGCAAAUCCCGGACACCAUCUCGGCACGAGCUUUAUUCGAUGAGCUACGCGUCACCUUCUUUGCGCAACCUGCAUCUCGCUUGCGCGUAAGCGAUCUCGAUCAGCGUGAAGCUGUCGAUGCGCCGAAGUCCGAGCGCCUAGGGAUUAGAGAGGCGCGGCAGCUCUACGUCGCCCUAGUGCAUACUACCCUUAUGGAUAUGGCGCUUCGCCAACCCGUAUGGCUCUCCUAUACUCCCUUCGUUGACACUUAUACGAGGGUCUGUCAUGCCAUGGGGAUACCCUUGCGCCACUCGGUCAUCUAUAGCGAGAACUUCUUCAUAGAAGGAGCUAUCUUUUCGGGCUUCCUUACUCUCUUUGCGCAGAUUGUGUCUUGGAGAGCCCCUCCAGUCUUCACUGCCACCCCAGCGUCAUUGACAGGCCUGUCGUGGAUCAGUGUUGUGCAGCAUAUACAUGUACACGCCAGCGCCAGUGCCGGUCAUAAUCGCGUUGCCGAGCUCUAUAUCGGUGCGAACGAGCCAUCGGCUCGGUUACAACCGCAACCUGACCUAGCCCAAUUGCUUCGUGUAUUGGCUAUAAAAGAUUGCAUGGAUCUUGAUAUGAAAAGCACCACCGCUAGCGAGUUCGAGCGGCGCAUACUCUUCGACGCUACUCGACCCAGAUACCGACCACUGUUCAUUGCAUAUCCUGAUCUUGUGAAUAUGCUAUACACAUUUUGUGUCACACUCGUCGAACCGCGCAACAUCACGAUGUCCAGUUUUCAUACUGAUGUCGCUUCAUCGUCAUCGGAUUUGCAGUCCGAUCAUGCGCUCGCAGGGCCUCGUACUGCGAGCCAUGCCCGUGGUGGGCCAUACCCGACUUACAGACUCGUUCCCAAACCUUUCCUCUAUCGGAGGUCGAAGAUGGCCGGUGUACGCAAAGAUGAACAUGGCGAGGAGAACACGCGCCUCGAUUCGGACAUGGAGGAGGAACUCGCCGUCGGGUCGCGCGAGGAUCAGGGAAACAAUACGUAG